GCCUUGCGGGUGGAGUCGUGAGCUGCGGCGACAGAGGCCCGGGCCGGCUCCCUGCGCUACCAUGGCGUUCGGGAAGAGUCACCGGGACCCAUACGCGACCUCCGUGGGCCAGCUGAUAGAAAAGGCUACAUUUGCUGGAGUUCAGACUGAAGAUUGGGGCCAGUUCAUGCACAUCUGUGACAUAAUUAACACUGCCCACGAUGGGCCAAAAGAUGCAGUAAAAGCUUUGAAGAAAAGGAUUUCCAAAAACUACAAUCAUAAAGAAAUACAACUUACCUUGUCACUUAUUGACAUGUGUAUGCAGAACUGUGGUCCGAGUUUCCAGUCUCUGAUUGUGAAGAAGGACUUUGUUAAAGAUAGUCUAGUUAAGCUGCUGAGUCCCAGAUACACCUUGCCAAUAGACAUUCAGAAUAGAAUUUUGAAUUUCAUUAAGACAUGGUCGCAGGGUUUCCCAGGAGCUGUGGAUGUAAGUGAAGUGAAAGAAGUGUACCUGGACCUCCUUAAGAAAGGUGUUCAAUUUCCUCCAUCAGAUGCAGUGGCUGAAACAGCCAGACAAGAGACUGCUCAGAUCUCACCAAAUCCACCACCAUCUGUUCCUACUGCACCAGCUCUUUCUUCUGUAGUUCCCAAGAGCUCCACUAUUAUAUUGGUCCCAGAACAGAUUGGAAAACUGCACAGUGAAUUGGAUAUGGUGAAACUGAAUGUGAGAGUGAUGUCUGCCAUAUUGAUGGAGAAUAUUCCUGGGUCUGAAAACCGUGAAGACAUAGAGCUUCUGCAGAAACUUUAUAAGACAGGUCGGGAGAUGCAGGAGAGGAUCAUGGACCUGCUCGUGGUGGUGGAGAAUGAAGAUGUCACUGUUGAGCUAAUUCAGGUGAAUGAGGAUUUGAACAACGCCAUCCUUGGAUAUGAGAGGUUCAUUCGAAACCAACAAAGGAUUUUGGAGCAAAAUAAGAACCAGAGGGAAGAUGCCAAUACUACCAGUGAACCUUCUGCCCCAUCCUCUGAUCUCCUUGACCUGACUCCCAGCUCUCUGAUGCAUAGGGCCACUUUGGGAGAACUCAACACCCUGAAUGCUCAGCUUUCAGACUUAAAUUUCAGCUCUCCAAGUCCUGUUGUAACAAACAACUUGAAACCCAGUCUUCAUCCACAGGUGGAUUUGCUAGCCUCAGAAAACACAGAAACACCCCUGUUUGUCCAAAGGACCAGCCAAAACCUCGCCUCAAGUCCUACAUAUGAGAGUUUUCCGGAAUAUUCAAAUUCAGUAUUACUACAGCCAGUUACUCUAAAGACCAUUCCAGCAACACCAUCAAACCAGAGACCGCCAUCCCCGCCCAGCAGUCAUCCAGUGAUGACAAAGAAUGAUUUCCAGCCACCCAAUUACUACGAGGUAAUGGAGUUCGAUCCCUUAGCUCCUGCUGUCACCACAGAAGCUAUUUAUGAAGACAUUGAUGUUCACUACCACAAAGGAGCUCAAAGUCACAGUGAUUGUUGAGGUAAACGCUUCAACUUACGCAACUUACAUUCCACAUGAUUUCAGUGUAACUGUCACUUUCUACAUUUAUUAUUUACAUUUUGUAAGGGCCAUCACAGUCUGACACUCUGAUGAGUGAGAUAUUAUUACACAAGUUCCUCUGAGUCACUCAAAUUGUAAUGAACUGUUGUUCACAAAUGAAAUACAUUCUUUGUGACCAUGUUAGCUAAAAAUUAUAAAUCUUGGGAAUGCAGAAGUAGGUUUAUGGUAUAGAAAUGUUAAUGCUAACAAAAACAGAUGAUCAAUAAAAACAUCUUAGCACUAGAAUCAGAUGUGUCUUUUAUGUGCAGUUAAUACCUGUUAGCUGGGACUGGUAGAAGCCAUUCAUUGUUAGUCUAGAUUGGUCUGGAUUCUAUUGCUUUACUAAUCAUUCCAUUUAUUUACUAAUCAAUGCACACAGCCACCAGUAACCUAUUAACCUUAUUUAUUCCCUCCACACCCUCCCCCGUGGAAGUAGUACAUUCCCACCUUUCCUCUACUAGACUGUGGCUCUCUGGUUACAAGGAAUGGGGAAAGAGGAAAAGAUGGAGAUGGUUGACUCUUCUUUUUAUUCCAUGUGGAAGCAGAUGACCAGCUCACUAGCAGCAUUAUGGGUGCCAAUUCUGCUAAAGGUAGACCCUGUCCAGCUUUGAGACCCAGAAGUUUAGACCUUCCAGAACAUCAAAGCCACAGUGGAACAUUUCUCCUCUGCAGUAAUGACGUUUAAACAGAAGAGUAACAGUUCCAGAGUAACAUUUAUGGUUCCUGACAGCAGCUCAAGCUUUAUCUCAAAAGAACUUGGUUGUAACAUAUAUUCACUUGAAACUUCAGCAGAAGAAAAAUUCAUGGUACUGAGGCCAACCAGAUUAAGUGUAGCACCUUAUGUUUCAGACCUUCCUACAUUUAGAAAUCAUCACGAGCAGGGGUAAGAGUAGAUGAAAACUGUUUCAUUACAAAAUAAUUGUUAAUAGAUUAGAUUAAAGCAUGAAAUGUGAAAAACUGUUAUUAUUCAGGAAGAGUACUGAGUGCCUUCAUUUAACUAAAGUUGAAUGUAAAAGUCAAUUUGCACUUCUUUAUAAAUAAUACUCUUGUUUAGGAUUAUGAAUUGUAAAAGCCUUGAUGACUGUAGUUUAAUAUUUCAGGUACCCACAAGAGGUUACUGGAUUCUACACUGUUUGCCUUUAAAUAUAAUUCUUUAUAAUACUAAAUGCCCUUUCUUUUUGGAAAAAAGACUACUGGAAAACAUUCAGAAUAAAUUGUACUUUGGUUUGUCAUAAAUUACAAUGACAAAUAAAUUACUAUUAAAACAGUUUAAUACAUCUUUUUUCAGAAGAACUCUGCUGUCAGUAAAUCUUCACAACCCCACUUACAUUUUAAAAUUUGGAGACUUGGAACUAUCACAAGAAAUGCUAGAGACCUACUAGAUAUACUUAUGCAUUUUACUUAAAUUUCAUGGUACUGAAAUUUCAACGUACUUAUUUAGUACUCUGUAAAAUAGCCCUAGAUCUUAAAGGAAAAAUACGGUCAAAUUUGACAUCAGAAUGUAAUCUUUAAGCCAGCUGUUAGGGCUUAGUGAUUCCUCUUCCAUUUUGAG